AUGGAAGAUGAAGGGAUCUACAGCGGCUACAAGAUCAAUAGAUGGGCUCCAAGCGUCUCACAUAUAAUGUUCGCAGAUGACGUGAUGCUCUUUGGCAAUACUGAUACUAAAAUAAUAAACUCUAUCACCUUAGUCUUACAACAGUAUAACCACAUCUCAGGCCAGCUGGUUAAUUACUCAAAAAGCUCCAUUCACUUCAGUAAAAGUGUCUCAAAUACUUAUGUAGAAGAGAUCAUUCAACAAUUGGGGGUUAAGAUAAUGCAAAAAGAGGAGAAAUAUCUCGGAGUUCAUAUACGGCAACAAGGAAACAAGAUAUCAAACUUUAACUUCCUCAUUGACAAAUUUGAUACAGCUCUUGCAGGAAGAAGAAAGAACAAUUUAUCCCAUGCUGGUCGUACAGUGCUCAUUCG